CUCGGGGCCUCGGGGCGGGGCGGCUCGUUGCGGCCCGGAGCCCGCCACCAUGGUGGCGCUCGAGGUGUAUCUGGUGGCGGCGGCGCUCCUGGCCGGCCUUAUCUUCUUCCUCACUCGCAGCCGGCGCCGGGCGGCAGCAGCCGGUCCAGAGUCGCUGCCCAAUGACGAGGAGCCCAUAGCAGCAGGCCGGGUGGCCCAGCCCCGGUCUCUGGAGCCGGAGGAGCAGCGAGCUGGAGGUCGGCCCCGACGUCGUAGGGACCUCGGUAGCCGCUUGCAGGCCCAGCGUCGGGCCCAGCGGGCUGCCUGGGCGGAAGUGGAUGAGAACGACGAGGAAGCAGGCAUUCCAGCCCAGGAGGAAGAAGGUGUGGAGAAGCCAGUAGAAACACAUGUGUCUGGGAAAAUUGGAGCCAAGAAACUCCGGAAACUGGAGGAGAAGCAGGCGCGAAAAGCCCAGCGUGAGGCAGAGGAGGCUGAGCGUGAGGAACGGAAGCGUCUUGAGUCCCAGCGAGAGGCGGAGUGGAAGAAGGAGGAAGAGCGGCUUCGCCUGGAGGAGGAGCAGAAGGAGGAGGAGGAGAGGAAAGCCCGGGAGGAGCAGGCCCAGCGGGAGCACGAAGAGUACCUGAAGCUGAAAGAGGCCUUCGUGGUGGAGGAGGAAGGCGUGGGCGAGACCAUGACUGAGGAGCAGUCCCACAGCUUCCUGACAGAGUUCAUCAACUACAUCAAGCAGUCCAAGGUCGUGCUUCUGGAAGAUUUGGCCUCCCAUGUGGGCCUGCGGACUCAGGAUACCAUAAACCGCAUCCAGGACCUGCUGGCUGAGGGGACUCUGACAGGUGUGAUUGAUGACCGAGGCAAGUUCAUCUACAUAACCCCAGAGGAACUGGCUGCUGUGGCCAACUUCAUCCGACAGCGAGGCCGGGUGUCCAUCGCCGAGCUUGCCCAAGCCAGCAAUUCCCUCAUUGCAUGGGGCCGGGAAUCUGCUGCCCAAGCCCCUGCCUGACCCACUUGGACUUUGGAGCUGGAGUGGCCACACAUCUUCAGUUACCCCCCAGCAUUCCCUGCCAUCCUGUGGCAGGGAUGGUGCAUGGCCAGGCAGUUGCAGAUUAAAGACCUGUGAGCUCUAA